GUAGUAUUAGUAGUAGUGCCCCACCACUCUCUAUGACUCAUCCCUCUUUUCAUAUUUUUUCUUCUUCUUUAAGAUUACAUCUAUGCUUUUUCAACCUUCAUCUCUUCCCACAACACACAUGCACAACAAAUUUUGUUUCUAAAUCUCCAAGGUAAAUGGAAUAUUAUUCUAAGAGUUAAAAAAUGAAGUGCUUAUGUGAGAAAGAUUCUGCUCAUUCAACACCCCACCAUGUUUUUGGAUGUCCAUCAUGGGGAACUUCUUCUGAAUCUGAAGUCCAACAAACAUCCAUGUCCAAAAGUUUGAUCUUUAAAGUGGAAGCCCUGCCACAAAAAUGCCACAAUAGUAAGGCGCUGAGUUUUCAAUUUCAAGAACAGGAAUCAUCUUCAACUCAAUCGUCUGGCUCAUCACAAUCAGGUCAAAUUCCUUUUCAGAAUAGUUCUUCUACUAGUUCAACAUUUAAGAGAACCGAGGAGAAUAGUAUGGGAUGUCUCAUUGGGACAUCAUCUAUUGGGACUUCAAAUCUCACCAUCCAUCCUCCACUAGUGGAUCACAGCCAAUCACUUGCGCAUAUUGCAUUCCACUUUGCUGAUCCAUGCUACAAUGGCCUACUUUCUGCUUCAUAUGGCCAACAAUAUAAGGCUUAUGGCAUCGUGUCAUCAAACUCUGAUCAGCCUCUUCAUGGCCAACUAAUGGAAGCUGCUCCUGUCCGAAUUCCCUUGCCAUCCGAUAUGACGGAAGAACCCAUAUAUGUGAAUUCAAAGCAGUACCAUGCUAUUCUGAGGCGAAGACAGUGUCGAGCAAAACUUGAAGCACAUAACAAACUCAUCAAGGAUCGUAAACCAUAUCUUCACGAGUCUCGCCAUGUACAUGCAUUAAAGAGAGCUAGAGGGGCUGGUGGCCGCUUUCUCAAUGCUAAAAAGCUCGAAGAAUCAAAGCAAGCUUCACUAAAUCAUGGCCAAAAUGUUUCCACCAGCUAUACUUGUUUAAAUUUGAAUGGAAAUAUGUCAGAAUCUAAAACGCGUGAUCUAGUUGAAAAUUACCGAGAUGGUGCUUCUGCUUCUGAUGUCACAUAUGGAUCAAAUAAGAAUGAAAUGUUCCAGCAGCAACAAGAGUUAGAAUUCAGGUUAUGCAGUUACCCUUCUUCUCAAACUGGAAGGAACAUGCAGGAAUAUGCAGCUGACAAGAGUGUUGGUGCGAAUCAACGCCGAUUAUCGGUUCUCAUGUGAGAGACUUAUAUAACACAUUGUUGUGGUUGUUCUUCAUCAUCAUUAAGAUCGGAUGAACACCGCUUCAUUGUGUUCUCCACCAUUGGGAAGUCAUCCUUGGCUCAUAUUUAUAUAUAUGUCUUACUGUUUGCUUAUUUUCAAUUUCCAUCACAUUUUACUACUACACCUAUUAUUGUUUUGUAGCCUAAAUUUGUUUAGGCAAAAAGUGCAAGCACUGACUUGUUAAAUACAGUGUUUUUUUUUUUUAUGUUGAUGUAUGCAAAUGACUUUAAUAUUGGAACCAAAUGUGACUUUAUUUGUUGUUUUUAUGGGAAGAAGAGAAUUUUGAA